AGAAGAAGAAGAAGAAGAAAACAAGCAGUGUCCAGGUUUACCUAACCCCGUGUCCUCGGACGGAUCCUGAUAUGCUAUGGGCGGCACCGCCCUCGCGUCUUUUGGCCAUGCUGCAACAUGCCCUCAAGUGGCAAGCCUACACGGGCAGUCUUCCUGCUCAAGGCGAUGCCCCGAUUGAUAUUUUCCGCAACAAGGUCGACGAUGUGGCCCUCGAAGACGAACUACCACCCUCGAAACUCGGUCGCACCAUCAAAGAUAACUUUAUGCUCAUGAACAGCGCCGUGACCGUGCUGACUUUUAGUCGCGACAGCGAAAUGCUCGCGAGCGGUGACAAAGAGGGACAAAUCAAGAUGUUGGUGUGUGUGCGAAGCAAACACUUGUACGUGAUCAAUCCUGGGGGCCAGGUGGUGCAAACGUUUAGCAAGGAUCCCAAGAGCUCGGGUGACUUUAUCUACGCCAUUCCGUCCCCGCGAGGGGCUUACAUUUAUGCCAUUGGUGAAGAUCGCAUUCUGUACUGCUUCUCCACCGAGACCGGGGAGCUCGAGCACUCCUUCGAGGCCCAUGAGCGAGAGCCCCUUGGCCUGGUACAUCACCCACAUCACAACGUGCUGGCCACUUAUGCCGAUGACGGCCGCCUUCGAGUCUGGAAAAGCUAAUCUGACGAACAACAAAUUGCAUACAGCCCGCGCC